CUAUUCUUGCUUGUCUUGUUGCAUAUUGGCUAGGGGUUCGGUCAAUCUUUCUCAGCAAUUGUUGACAGUCUCUCUUAUGGGUUGACAAAGGAAAACUUUAAACUUUCAGAAUCCCCAGCUCACCUGGUCAAAAUAUUGCGCGGACUCCAUCGACUAAAUCUGGUCUGCGCUAGGUACCUCGACGGGAUAUGCUCGCCCGCCCUAGCAGACAUGGACGAUGCAUAUUCUGCAUAUUUCGAACUGCCACCGCUGGACCGAUACGGCGGUCAAAGAUAGGCUCGAACGAACGAAACUUCCACUUGAGGUCCAUCUCCCGACGCCCUUUAGAUCGAAAACAAUCAAACAAUGAACGGCCGCUCGACAGACCGCGAGAGCGAAGAUUUAUCCCGGAGACUGUGGUAGAAACCCGAAUCUUGAAAGUCAGCCUUCCCGCUCUCAAAACUCGACUCGAAUCUACAAAAGCGACCGACGACGGGGAUGAAUCUCAGUUGACAGCGCUGGAUCCUACCGGGGAAAAUUGGGAUGGUUUCGUGCAGUAUAUUACAGAACUUGUGACAAACCCAGAGGGCUCUCGGACACAAAGGCAAAAGACCCUCCUGACCGCUAUUGGAAAUGCUGGUUCGGCAAAUUCGUGGCAGAAUCAGCUUUCCCGUGUUCUACACUUUAGCUUCAUUGACUAUGUCGUUGACUCGAAGUCUGGGACAAACGGAACAGUGGCCGACCUGCGAUACCCUACAGAAUGGUAUGCCAGCGCGAGAGCGGCACAGCGGGAGAUACAUCUACACGUCGGUCCGACGAACUCGGGCAAAACAUACAAUGCAUUGAAGAGGCUAGAGGAAAAGGGAAGUGGGUUUUACGCUGGACCACUUCGACUUUUAGCGCACGAGGUAUACUCACGCUUCAAGGCCAAGGAGAUCCCCUGCGAUCUUGUCACUGGCGAUGACAUUCGCCUGGAUGACAAUCUUGAUGUGGCUUUGACAGCGUCGACGGUAGAAAUGGUGGACACGGCCAAGCCGGUGGAGGUUGCGGUGAUUGAUGAGGUACAAAUGAUGGAGAAUGAUGAGCGUGGAUGGGCGUGGACUCGAGCUUUCCUCGGAGCCAAUGCGCGAGAAGUCCAUCUCUGUGGGGAACCGAGAGUUGUACCACUGAUCAAAGAACUGACAGCAUCCAUGGGGGACUCACUACACAUCCACCGGUACGAUCGUUUGAAUCCACUCAAGGUGAUGAAUCACAGCUUGAAGGGAGAUUUGAAGAAUUUGAAGAAAGGGGACUGCGUUGUGUCCUUCUCCAUCCUCAACAUUCAUGCACUCAAGAAAGAAAUCGAACUGGACACGGGGAAGCGUUGCGCAAUUGUGUACGGUAGUUUGCCCCCAGAAACGCGAGCACAGCAAGCGGCAUUGUUCAAUGACCCCGAGAAUGACUAUGACUUUUUGGUGGCCAGUGACGCGAUUGGCAUGGGAUUGAACCUGAGUGUGAAGCGAAUCAUCUUCCACAGCGUUGUCAAGUACAACGGGUAUCAGAUGGAGCGUUUGUCGAUCCCUCAACUGAAACAGAUUGCUGGGCGAGCGGGGCGAUACCGCAGUGCGCAUCAAGCCACGAGCAAGUCAGGGACGACCGAAGUCAAGUCCGAAAGCAGCGCCGGUUUGGUGACAACGCUCAACGAGGCGGAUCUGCCUUAUGUGCAGGAAGCUCUAAAUGAAAACGCGUCGCCAAUCCGAAGGGCGGGGAUUCUCCCACCUGGAGAAUUCUUGGUAGAAGUCGCCUCUAGGCUUCCUAAAGGGGUCCCAUUCGAGUACAUCUUAAAGCGUGUUUGCAUCGCUGCGGAGAUGCAUCCACGAUUCAAAGUGUGCGACAUUCGAGAACAGAGUGAAUUAGGUCGGACAAUUGAGGAGGUGCGAGGCUUGAGUAUCCCACAGAGGCUGGUCUUCACGGCCGCUCCAGCGUCCGCUACCAGUGGUCAUCUCCACAAAGUGUUGAAGGCGCUGGCACAGAUUGUGGCGGAUCGACGAGAGGUGACGGUAGCCGACGUGCCAGAGAUCCGACUAGAAGUCCUUGAGAUUCCAAUGUCGGGAGAUCGCAAGUAUCUUGAACUGCUGGAGGAUCUACACAAGUCAUUGAUCUUGUACCUUUGGCUCAGCUACCGGUUCCUCAACAACUUUAAAGACCAGGACAUGGCGACAUAUGCCAAAGACCUGGCGGAGACGAAGAUUAACACAUGUCUAAUGGAAUUCUCGGCCAAUCCAGCGCUCAGGAAGAAAGUGCUGGCGCAAAAGAAACAGGUCAUCUCAGGCACAUCCACACUCAUCCAAGUGCCAGAAGGGACUACAGAACUCAGCCUAGCAGAGAACUCGGAAUCUGCGCUACCUGUCGGUUGGACACAGGGGUCAUUGGACGGUAGUAUUUCGACUGGUGAAGUUGCCAACAACGCCGCGGCGGCGAAUGCGUAGAAAGCAUGCCGUUGAUAUAGAAAGGUAUGGAUGUGUACGAUAUUGGUUGUGAUAACAUUAAAAUGUGUUCAUGGAUAGGGAAGACUUGCAUGUAUAUAUUGCAUAGAUGGCUAAGGGUUCUCUCUCUCCUGGUGCCUAUACGAAACUAAGGUAGGUAUUUAUCCCCUGUACCAAUAAUUAGGUAGGUACC